UUUGAGUUGUUUUCCCAAGUGCAAAUGCGGGCUAAGCUGGAGCUCCAGAACUUGGCCCAUACUCAGUUCCAAUGAGCCUAUACCGGAACUAGCUAGUCUUCGAGCUGCCAACUUGAAGGAAGUAAUUUGCACGCUUUUUUAAUUUUUGCAACUUUUCUAUGCAUGAGAAAAAAGUACAUACUACUUACUACUAAUAAAACUUAAGCGUGACUGAAUUUUUCGCAAUGGAAUUCCACACAUUCAUCUACCUAAUCAUGAUUCUUUUGGUUUAUGGCCAAAGAGGUGCUCCACUUUGAACAUUUUCAAAUCCCAUUUAGCCACCAUUCACACGAACUUUCUGGCACCUCUUCUAUUUCCAUUUUCCAAUAAGGUUUUAGCUAUUUUUCUUUUCUUUUGUGCCCGACUGCCCGUCUAGGAGGUUUGAAUCAUAGACAGAAGAAUCACUAUAAAUUCUUCCUAUUACCCACUAUAAUGUGAAAUCAUGAGUCUCUAUCUUUUUCAAGACUUCACCCACCAAAAGAAUUAAUUUCACGCCGUCUUUAUGCUAUAAAAAGAAAAUGAUUGUAAACAAUUUCUUCUCAAUCUCUCUUCACUUAAUACCAACAAAUUUCACUUGGGUUUUCCAAUUCCAUGAAGAUCCUUUAUUUCUUCAUUAUCUUUCCAAUUCUGAACAAUAUCAAUUGCCAAUUACUACCACCUUUACCAGCACUGAAUUUAACCUUCUUAGACCAAACUCUAGCUCUGAUUUUCCCAAUAAUACAAAAUUUCAAGAACGCAAUCACUCUUGAUCCUUUAGGUGUCACUAUAUCUUGGACAGGCCCUGAUAUUUGCAAUUACAAAGGCUUUUACUGUGAUAAUCCACCACAUAAUUCCUCAGCAAUUUCUCUUGCUGCCAUAGAUUUCAAUGGAUUUCAACUAAGUGCUCCAACUUUAGACGGUUUCAUUGAUCAACUUCCUGAUUUAGCCAUAUUUCAUGCCAAUAGCAACAAUUUUUCAGGCAUAAUUUCAUCGAAAAUUUCUCAACUCCCAUAUCUGUACGAGCUCGAUCUCAGUAACAACCAAUUCAUGGGUACAUUCCCUAUGUCAAUUCUCAAUAUCGAGACUCUUACUUUCUUGGAUAUUCGUUAUAAUCUCUUCACCGGGAUAAUCCCAGCUCAAAUUUUUCUACAAAGUCUUGAUGCACUUUUUCUUAACAACAAUAAUUUCAUACAAAAACUUCCAGACAACCUUGGAUCCACCACUGCUUUUUAUUUAACCUUAGCCAACAACAAAUUCGACGGUCCAAUCCCACGUAGCAUUGGACAGGCUCCGAAAUUGUUGGAAAUUUUGUUAUUGAACAACUUGCUCAGUGGUUGCAUUCCUUAUGAAUUAGGUCUCUUGAAAAAAGCAAUUGUGAUUGAUGUUGGAUUUAACAAGUUAACUGGUCCAUUGCCAUGUUCUUUAGGGUGUCUGGAAAGUGUGGAGCAGUUGAAUUUUGCUGGAAAUUUGCUUUCUGGAAUGGUACCAGAAGUGGUCUGUUCACUAAAAAAUUUAGUGAAUUUUACUUUGUCAUCUAAUUACUUCACAGAAGUAGGGCCAUUAUGUAGGGGGUUGAUCAAGAAUGGAGUUCUUAAUGUUGAGAAAAAUUGUAUUUUUGGUCUUCCUAAUCAGAGAUCAUUUGCGGAGUGUGCUGUAUUUAGGAGGCAAAUUAAAUUGUGUCCAUUACAGAAGAGUUUAAGUAUAAUACCAUGUAAUAUUUCGGAAUUUAGUCCCCAUAGACCACCUAGAGCAGAAAGACAUUUGAUUUCAUACUCUGCUUUAUCAAAACAUAAAAAGUUGUAUUAAUGAAUCCUUUGUUUUAGAGCCUUUUUUAUAUUUUCAUUUUGUUUGGAAACUCAA